AAAGUUCACAUGAGAGAUCAUAGUGAAGAGAAGCCGUACACAUGUGAUCAAUGCGGGAAGAGUUUUACACAAAAGGGACACCUUAAGAGACACGUGAUAAUCCACACUGGAGAGAAACCAUACACGUGUGACCAGUGCGGAAAGAGUUUUACACUACAAGGAGAUCUUAAGGUUCACAAGAAAAGCCACACUGGAGAGAAACCGCACACAUGUGAUCAAUGUGGGAAGAGUUUCGCACUAAAAUCAAACCUUAACAUACACAUGAAGAUCCACACCGGAGAGAAGCCGUACACAUGUGGUCAGUGUGGGAAGAGUUACAGACAGAUUGGCUUUUUUAAGUUACAUCUGCGUUCUCAUUCUGGAGAAAGACCAUUCAACUGUGAUCAGUGCGGUAAAAACUUUUUUUGGCCAGAAUCCCUGAAGAACCACAUGAAAGUUCAUACACAGGAGAAGCCUCACAUGUGCUCUUCGUGUGGAAAGCGUUUUAGUCAGCAAGGUGCUUUAAAAAGACACCAGAAAAGUCACAGCGGUGUGAAGGAACAUAUGUGCUUUGAUUGUGGGAAGACUUUUGUUACAAAUGCUGAACUAAAACUGCACCAGAGAAUGCACACUGGAGAAAAACCUUACGAGUGUUCACAUUGUGACAAGAGAUUCAGUCGGUCAGAAUAUCUGAGAACACAUGAGAGGAUUCACACUGGAGAAAAAUCAUAUCACUGCCUUCUGUGUGGGAAGAGUUUUACUCAAUCAUCUUCUUUACGCCGCCACACAUGUCUGAACACAAAGAAGUUCAUGUUCAGAUCCAGCACUUUAAAGUGCAAUGCUGCGUCCUCGCCAAAUGUGACACAAUAAAAAAGCUCUCUUCUAUAUAAAUCUAACCAUUCUAUAUAUAUAGAUUCUAUAUAAAUCUAAUCCUAACCAGCUGCAACAUGUGACAGCACAACAUUUUUCACAGUGAGAUCAAAUUUCCUCCCAAAAAUGUGUGAAAAAGUGUAGACAUUUGCAAGAGAAGACUUCUGCUGUGCUGAAAAAGUGAUGAUGAAGAUCAAGUGGAUCCCAGGUUCAUUAACCGUGUCUUAGCAAAUGAGAAAAACUGUAAUGCAGUUGAAAUACUACUGCAACUCUAGUUGUUCAACUCGGUUUUUCAAAGAUUUCAUUUUUUGAUUCAGAAUAUAUUUCAAUAAGGUAUUAGGCCUACUGUAGAAUUGUAGCAAAUUGCGGUCUUGUUCAUUUUGUAUUAUGUUAGGUUUUGAACUUAGGUUUAACUGUUUCGAAAAGAAUAUGUUAGCAUGUGCAAAUUGGCAUGUAGGUAUAGAGUUUUGCCGUUGUUUAUGUCUGAGUGAGAAAAUAAUUUAUGUAAUUUGAAAGAAGUAGUCUCUGAAUUCAAGUAAUUUUGUGCGAAAGUUAAAUGAUCCAUGGUUUAGCCCACAUAAACUGUUGUUGUGCUCAUUGUGUGAAAAGUUUUGAAAAAGUGACCCAAGUUUUGACAAAUGUGUUUUAGCGAUUGCAAAACACUGUAAUUAUUUUGUUCAGUGUCCGUUUCUGCACGUUAAUUAAUUACUCCAUGAGAUGGUGACAAGUGACUGUUUUGCCGUGUUUUUGUUCUGUACCGAUGCCCAGACGUUUUUGGGAGCUAGGC